AUGGAACUCAUACUCUUUAUAUCAGCAAUCAUUAUAAUGGUUGUGUCCAUUGUAAGUGUUGGUUUCAUAAUUGUUAGAGCUGCAAGGAGAGAGAUGCAUUUGUGUGCAUCACUCAUAAAACAAAUAGAGGCAACCAGACAAGCUGAAACUAAGAGUAUGAACAAAAGUCUAGCCAUAGCUAGUGCGAGCCAUGACAUUCGAGCUUCUCUGGCCGGCAUUACCGGUUUGAUAGAGAUAUGCUAUGAUGAAGUUGUCCCUGGUUCCCAAGUUGAAACAAAUUUGAAACAAAUGGAAGCUUGUAUCAAGGACCUUUUAGGUAUAUUAAAUUCUUUUCUUGAUACGAGCAAAAUUGAAGCGGGUAAGAUGCAAUUAGAAGAAGAAAGAUUUGAUGUGGCACAACUUGUUGAAGAUGUUGUUGAUCUUUAUCACCCUGGUGGUAUAAAGAAAGGAGUAGAUGUGGUUUUGGAUCCUUUUGAUGGGUCUCUUAUGAGGUUUUCACAUGUAAAAGGUGAUAGAGGAAAGCUUAAACAAAUACUAUGUAAUUUGUUAAGUAAUGCUGUGAAAUUUACUACAGAGGGACAUGUAACAGUUCGAGCUUGGGUUCAAAAACCGAGUUUGAAGAACUCAAUCGCUGCUUCGAACCGGAAUGGUUUAGUACUAAGACACUUGUGUUGCCUAUUCCACAAGAACAACAAAGCACAUCAUGAUGACAUGGAAACCAUGGAUGAUCCCAAUGCCAUGGAUUUUGUAUUUGAAGUGGAUGAUACAGGUAAAGGAAUUCCUAAAGAGAAGCAAAAAGCAGUGUUUGAAAACUAUGUCCAAGUGAAAGAAACAGCUCUUGGGCUUGGAGGUACUGGUUUGGGACUUGGUAUUGUACAAUCUCUGGUACGUCUGAUGCAUGGAGAAAUUGGAAUUGUGGACAAGGAAAUAGGAGAAAAAGGAAGUUGCUUUAGAUUCAAUGUUCUUCUCUCUGUAUGUGAGGCUACGUCUUACAAUGAUACCAAAGAAGAAAAUAUUGAAAUAGUGAUUGAUUCCAUGGAUGUUAUGCAUCAAGAUGACUCUGGAAUAACUAGUACUCAGACUCAUAGCCCCACGUUGAACAUUCAAAAACCAAGUCCCCGCUUGAUCAUUCACUCUCCAAGCCUUGGAAUCGGUGUUCGUCACCCAUCCAGUCCUAAGGUAGAGGGUUCGAACGUCGUUUUGUUGAUCAAAAAUCACCAACGACGAAUAAUUUCGCAGAAGUUCAUGGAAAGCCUUGGGAUAAAAGUACUAGUGGUGGAUCAAUGGGAACAACUUCCUCAUACUCUUAAGAGAGUAAAACACAAAUUAUGGAACAACACUUUCCAUCACAGUCUUUCAGGGAAAUUGGAUUUUAGUUUCCACAAUGAUUGCUUGAGCAAAUCUGCAUCCGGUAACUCCAGCUUUGGAGCAAAUGAUUUUCCUUUAACUUCCAUUGAUGCAAAUAACAAUUACAUAAUCUCACUAUUCAAAAAGACACAUCUUCGCGGUGCAUCGGGCAUCAUAUUACUAGUAAUCGAUGUCACUGCAGGACCAUUUUCAGAACUAUAUAAGAUUGUAAGCAAAUUCAAAAGUAAACUUCACGGUGAUUUUUGUACUUGUAAGGUUGUUUGGCUGGCAAAUCCUCUUUUACAUGAUAGGAUUGGCUUCAACAGCAAGAGGGAUAUUUUCGAUUCAGACGAUAUUAUCAAGUAUAAACCUUUCCAUGGAACUUGUUUGUACGAAGUGGUGAGAAUUCUUCCAGAGUUUGGUGGUCCAUUUCCAAAGAGAGGAAGUGCAAGAGUUGCUGAAACUCCAUGUUCAUCAUAUAGGUACCAUGAGCAAGAACUUCAUCAGGAGGGAAAUAUUCAAGAGGAAAGUGAGAAGCCCUUGAAGGGAAAGAAGAUUUUGAUUGCUGAAGAUAGUAGUGUAUUGGGCAAACUUGCUAAGCAUCAAACUUCACGGCUUGGUGCUAGUGUUGAGCUCUGUGAGAAUGGAAAGGAAGCUUUGGAGCUGGUUUGCAAUGGUUUGGGGAAGCAAAUGAAACAAGGAGGAGCUUCCAUGAUUCUUCCUUAUGACUAUAUUCUGAUGGAUUGCAAGAUGCCAAUAAUGGAUGGGUGUGAAGCAACUAGACAGAUAAGGAAGAUAGAGGAGUCUUAUGGUAUUCAUGUUCCAAUCAUUGCAUUGACCGCUUACGGAGAUGGUGAGGUAGUCACCAUGACCAUCAAGGCUGGAAUGGACGCUCACUUGUGCAAACCUUUGAGAUCAGAGCAUCUCUUAGAAGCCAUCAGAAACAUCCACAAUGCUCUACCUACCUAAGAGAAUGCACGUUCACAGUAAAUAUCGACUAAUUCAUAAAUACAAUUAAAUUUAUAUGCAG